AUGUGCCGUGUUCUCAACAUCUUGCUGGCCCUGCUCAGUCGCUUCCUGUUUACGGUCCAUGGUGUGGUGACUGUGUGGCGUGUGGUCACGGUCAAAGAGGAACCUCUCUAUUGGUUGCUGCUGAUGGGCGUCGCUCUGCUGGGGGUGGAGAUGACCAUCACCAUCAAGUGCACCCGCAAUGCCGAGUGGAAAUGGUUCUCCCCCAUGGUUUUCCUCUACCUCAGUACAGUUAUCCCCUCCAUUUGGUUUCUGGAGCUCAGCCUGCUACAGAUCAAGCUGCCCGUCAACAUCUCCUCAGGUCCUGAGCUCCAUCUCCUAGCUCAUAUCCCCAUCGCAUCGGAAAUUGUAGAACUGAACCCAGAGGACUGGGCAGCAGGCCUGGAACAGACCAUGCUGAUCGUGCUGGUUUUGGGCCGCUGGCUGAUGCCAAAGGGGGACAUGUCUCGAGACCAGCUCUCCCAGCUCCUCAUGGUGUAUGUGGGGCUGGGAGCAGACAUCUUGGAUAUCUUUGACACGUUCAAAGAGCCUGAAGUCAAAACCAACCAAGCUGUCAUCAUCGUGGGGCUUGCCCUCUUCUCUUGGGCUCUCAUGCAAUUCCCUCUGGUUUUGACCCAGACACGCCCCCCACAGGAACAGAUCCGGGCAGCCCCGCCCUCCUCCUCCACCUCCUGCUACUCCAGUGAAGUGUGGAGCCUGCUGCUGACCGUGGGCCUCCAGGACGGCCCUUUUCUGGUCUAUCGCCUCUACCUCAUGAUCAGGGAGCAGGUGCUCAACCAGCUGAUGAUCUUUUUCACUUGCAAGAACAUUCUCAUCGUCCUCCUGGAAGUCUACCGAAUCUUUGUGGUGCAGUGCGAGCAGGGAGUGGAAAGUGGGUUAGAGGGGUGCACAGUGAGUAUGCCCUGGUGCAGCGUCGAGGAGCGACAGGUGACAGGUGAGAAGGAAGAAGAGGAGGAGGGACUAGGGGAGAGUGGAGAACAGAGCAUCCAGACAGUGGAGGAGAGGGACGGAGGAAUAGAGUGA